GCAGCGCGCGCCGCCCGUCGGGAGCGGCUCCCGUGAUGCCCCGCGGCGCACCGGCUCUUGUGAGCCGCAGCUAUGCUCAUGAAGGGCCGUUUCCCUAUCCGCCGCACGCUGCAGUACCUGGGCCAGGGCCCCGUGAUGUUCAAGGACUCAGUGAAGGUCAUGACAGUGAACUACAACACGUACGGGAAGCUGGGCGAGGGCGCCAGGAAGUUUGUGUUUUUCAACAUCCCCCAGAUCCAGUACAAGAACCCCUGGGUGCAGAUCAUAAUGUUCAAGAACAUGACCCCGUCUCCCUUCCUGCGCUUCUACCUGGAUCCACCUGUGUGAAGUUGUCAGUACCUUGUUUUGUAUUUGUUGGUGUUGGGGAUUGAAUCCAGGGCCUUGUGCAUCCUGAGCAAAUUCUGUCAGCAGGCCCCACACAGGUCAGUGGAUCCAUUUGCUUUUUUUUCUUUAUUAGUACAUGUUCACAGUACACAGUGAUUACAUUCAUCCCGGGGACUCAAUUGUUUGCUUUUUGAGCCAGUCUUACUGUGUUGCCUAGGCUGGCUCUGAACUCCAGGGCUCCAACAAUCGUUCUGCCUCAGCCUCCCAUGUAGCUGGGACCAUAGGCAACAGCUAGUGUGCUUGGCUUCAGUUUAUCCAUGUUUAUUGCUGAGUAGUAUUCCAUUUGAGGAAUACCACAGUCUAGCCAGCUGUUGCUGAGCCCAGGACCUUAGGUUUAUGCCAAGACAGAGUGAGCUUGGCUGGAGAUGAGGCCUCACAGAGCAAGGGCUGGGGAGGAGGGCACAGGGACAGCACAGGCCCUAACCUAGGAAGGAGUCACAGAUGGCAGGGCAGCCCUGAGGGCCCCAGGCAGCAUGUGGGGAUGGUGUAACUAGGCGCAGGUGGGAGUGGUCUGGGAGGGCAUAGGCUGCCAGGGCACCUGUGAGCUCUGUGGGACCUCUGCAUGGUGCUCGGUCUGAGUGACUGGGAAGGAAGCAAGUUGGUUCCUCACAGUUCUGGAGAUGCGGAGAUGGGGUUGGGGAAUCUGGGGGUGUGGGCCCCUACCUGGGGAGGGUGG